GAGUGAGAGAAAAGACUUUCGGUGACGCAAUAUUCAUGAGACGGAAGUAAAGAAUUGUAGUCGUUAGGAAUCCUGAUAGUGACAUGACAAAUAAAACUGCAUUCUGAAAAACGUCAACCACCCCAAGAAGAAACACAGUAUAAACAGAUUUUAGAAGAAGCCUCCUCCAGAAACUGCAAGGAUGCAUGGCCGAAUUAAGUUGAAAUCCACAGCCCAGCAGGAGGAGGAGAAGAGAAAGGAGCGAGAGAAGAAGCUGAAGAUAUACGUGGCUGCACGCGAUGCCUGCUUUUCUAAGAGAAAGGAGGGCGUCUGGGAUGAAGAGGCUCUCCAGCUGACCCAGCAGCUUCUGUCAUCCAACCCUGACUUUGCAACCCUCUGGAACUACAGAAGAGAAAUCCUAAUGCACCUGGAAACUGUGAAAGACGAGGAUGAAGUUCAGAAGGUUUAUGAGGCCGAGCUGUUGUUUCUGGAGUCUUGCCUGAAGGUCAACCCAAAGUCCUACGGCAGCUGGCACCACCGAGGAUGGGUUUCGGCCCGUCUGCCCCGCCCAGACUGGGCCAGAGAGCUGAGCCUGUGUGAUCGCUGCUUGAGCCUGGACGACCGCAACUUCCAUUGUUGGGAUUAUCGUCGCAUGGUGGUGAAGAUGUCCGGCGUGCCUGUGGCUAAGGAGCUGGAGUUUACCGAUCGUCUUAUUGGCUCCAACUUUUCCAACUACUCCAGCUGGCACUACCGCAGCACCUUGCUGCCACUGCUCCACCCGGAGUCUCCCGAGCCCCCCUCACCACGCCGCGAGUCUCUGCAGUCAUCCCCCCCACCUUCUCCUCAAACCCACUCCCAUCGUGUCUGUGAGGAGCAGCUUCUUAAAGAGUAUGAGCUUGUACAAAAUGCUUUCUUCACUGACCCCAAUGAUCAGAGUGCAUGGUUUUACUAUCGCUGGUUAUUAGGCAGAGCGGAGCGUGAAGAGAUGAUAAGCUGUGUUUAUGUCAGUCGAGAAGAAGAGACGGUGGCUGUUGCCUUCUCUCGGCCUGUCAAUGCGCAGUCAGUCGGCCUGUUCCUGGUCCUCGAUGGUCAGCCCCAGAGAGUGGAGUGGAGGAGUGUCCAUCCGCGCUUCAAACACAGUCCCGUCUGGAUCUGCGAUCUCCCACCUGGAACUAUCAGUGACAUCAGCAAUGAGCACAAUCUGACUGUGCACUGGACCGAAAAACACACCCACAGAGACUGUGCUCUUUACACAGGUCGGACUGAGAGUUGGUGCAGGGACAGUGCUACUGAUCAGGAACUGUUCAGGAGUGAACUGUCAGUGGAGAAGACGUCAGUGUUACAGUCGGAGCUGCAAUCAGUCAACCAGCUACAAGAAUUGGAGCCACUCAAUAAAUGGUGUCUACUGACCAUUAUCCUCCUGAUGAGGGCACUAGACCCUCUUGGAUAUGAAAAGGAGACACUUGCUCAUUUCCAAACACUCAAAGACGUGGAUUCCAUGCGCUCUGCUUAUUACAGUGACCUGUGCAGCAAGUUUAUGAUUGAAAACACAAUCCUGAAAAUGGAGUACGCCGAAGUGCGCGUCUUCAGCAUUUCUGACAAGAACCUGACCACUUUAUGCCACCUGGACCAGCUGCUAUUGGUUACCCACAUCAACCUGUCCUCCAACCAGCUGGAGCGGCUGCCUCCUCAGUUCGCUAUGUUACAGUGUCUGGAGGUCUUGGAGGCUGAUAAUAACUCCAUAGAAAACCUGGAAGGAGUGUAUCACCUUCCCAGAUUGGAGGAAGUUCUGUUGAAGAAUAAUAAAAUUUCGACCCUGGCGGAUCUUCAGCCGUUGGCGUCCUGCCCCAAGCUGAAGCGCCUCGAUCUCCGUGGCAACCCCGUCACUCAGACAGCCAACGUGGAGUCAGAAUUAGCCGAGCUGCUGCCCACAGUCACAGACCUCCUGCUCUGAUCUGACGGGGGCAGCAAUCACUGUCUUUCACCUGUCCUUCGCCUUCUGUGUCAUGUCUGUCGAGGAAGUGAGCAAGUGUUUUUUUUUUAUUUGUUGGGUCUUGUGUCUCCUGUUUGUUCCACUUGUUUGGGAGAAUGCCAAUUACAGCAAGCCCUGAGGUCCUGGCUCUUGGCAGCAUAUUUAAGAACGCAACACCUUUAACAAAGAGAGUGUGUGUGUGUGUGUGUUUGUGGCGAGUGUGUAAUAACCAACGGUGCAUUUCAUUCUUUGUGUGUGUGUACGUCCUCAAAACAAAUAAUUGCAUGCAGAAACAUUGAUACUGGAGUAAACUCAAUAUGGAUUGGCGUGCAGCAAUGCUGGCUUGUUGCUUCUUUAACGGUUAAGAUAGAAGAAAAGCUUAAACCUCAUAAUCAUGACAUUGCUCAGUUCUCAUACACAUUUUUUUUUAAAGCAUUUAAUAAAUGACAUUAUACUGUUGCACAGUAA